CGUCAUUGUUGGGGCAGUAACGAAACCUGUGAUGAUUAAGAGGCCACGACAAUACUGCCUUCCUCCUGACUCGGGUACGGCUUUCACUACAUUACCUGCCUUCUGACUAAACUGUAUAACAGUUCACCUGAGUUGUCGGGAAUAAAGGAAAAAGGCGUUUAAAACGACAAGAUGCGCGAGACGCCGUGGUACAGGCUGAUCAUCUUCCUUACUUGUCUCAUGAAGGUUGCAGAAAUCCAAGCACAAUGUGAGAGGCCUCUUGUUGGGGAUAACAGGGUUAUGAUCGAGGACCAGCAGACAUUCCUAAAUGGUUCUACUGUAACGUUCAAAUGUUCUACUGGUUAUCAGUCUGUGGAUCCAUCAGCUUCAAAGACUAUCACCUGUGUGGGAACCGAGUGGACCAAACUGGAGCUUACUUGCAAAAAAAAGACAUGUGGACCUCUUGCUGAUUUCCCCAAUGGGAAGUAUACUUUUCCAGAUGGAAUUCUGUUCGGUGCAACCGCCAUCGCACAAUGUAAUCCAGGAUAUUUUCUUGUAGGAGUAAAGAUUAGAAAUUGUCGUGAGGAUGGAUGGGAUGGGAGAGACCCUGUGUGUGAAGUGGUGAAAUGUGAACCACCUCCCAGUAUACACAAUGGAACGUUUGAGCCCGUAGAUGAGGUUUAUAACUAUGAUCAAGCAGUCACGUACUCUUGUAAUAGAGAUUACACUCUUAUUGGAGAAUCAACAGUAAUAUGUUCUGAUAAUGGAACCUUCCAUCCUCCUCCUCCUCGGUGUUUAUUUGUAGAGUGUGAGACACCUAACAUAAAAAAUGCAGUUAGAGUUGAAGGAAAACCACCACCCUACGGAUAUAAAAACUUUGUCCGGUACCAGUGUAAUAAAGGCUUCAUAAUGAAUGGAACUGAUCAGAUGGUUUGUGAAGAAAACGGAUGGAAUCCACCUCCUCCUGAGUGCAUCGCACAAUGUGAGAGACCUGUUGUUGGGGAUAACAUGGUUAUGGUCAAUGACUUGGACCAGCAGACAUUCCUAAAUGGUUCUACUGUAACGUUCAGGUGUUCUACUGGUUAUCAGCCUGUGGAUCCAUCAGCUUCCACGACUAUCACCUGUGUGGGAACUGAGUGGACCAAACUGGAGCUUAGUUGCAAAAAAAAGACAUGUGGACCUCUUGCUGAUUUCCCCAAUGGGAAGUAUACUUUUCCAGAUGGAAUUCUGUUUGGUGCAACCGCCAUCGCACAAUGUAAUCCAGGAUAUUCGCUUGUAGGAGUAAAGACUAGAAAUUGUCGUGAGGAUGGAUGGGAUGGGAGAGACCCUGUGUGUGAAGUGGUGAAAUGUGAACCACCUCCCAGUAUACACAAUGGAACGUUUGAGCCCGUAGAUGAGGUUUAUAACUAUGAUCAAGCAGUCACGUACUCUUGUAAUAGAGAUUACACUCUUAUUGGAGAAUCAACAGUAAUAUGUUCUGAUAAUGGAACCUUCCAUCCUCCUCCUCCUCGGUGUUUAUUUGUAGAGUGUGAGACACCUAACAUAAAAAAUGCAGUUAGAGUUGAAGGAAAACCACCACCCUAUGGAUAUAAAAACUUUGUCCGGUACCAGUGUAAUAAAGGCUUCAUAAUGAAUGGAACUGAUCAGAUGGUUUGUGAAGAAAACGGAUGGAAUCCACCUCCUCCUGAGUGCAUCGCUGAUCGAAUUCCAAAUCCGCCCACCACAGCUCCACCAUCAGCCAGCACCUGUGUGAAGCCCAGUGUAAUAAUUAUAGGUGUGGUUGUAUGUAUGCUGCAGUUCUUCUAGGACCAAAGAACCAUCUUUCUGACUGAUGCCAAACUGUGUUGAUAAGACCAAGGAAAUCUUAUAGAAGUGAUGUCCAUCGAUGUUCACAAUCUCAGCAGUGAUCUCUACUUUGCUUGUGCCUUUCAGGAAAGUUGUUUUCCUGAUUUUCAUAGAUUACAUACUAAUUUGCACUGUGAUCAAGAUUUUCUUAUGCUGUAAUAGUCUUGUCCUUAAGGAUGUUAAGCAUUCAUACAAUUCUGAACUAUAAUGACUCAUUUUUAAACCUAGAAAAUACAAGUGUGUUUUAAGUUACUUAGUAUUAUUUUGGUGAUCACCAAAUUUAGUGUUAGCUCUUUUCCCAGUAUUGACUGCACAAGUAUAAGUGAAUACUGAUGGUGUAGUCCUGCAAAAGGUCAACUUAGGAAUGGGUUUGAUUUUUAUUUUCAUUUUAAACUAGGAAUUAGGUGUAUUUCUAGAUGUUGGAUUUAAACAAAUGAACAAAAUCCCACACAAAUUCCUGCUUUUCUUAUGUGCAUAAAAAUUCAUAUUACAAUGGAAGAAUGUCAUUGCAUUUCACUGUUGUUUAUUGAUGUAUGGAAAUCUAAAUUAAUUGAGAGUGCAGGAUUUGUGGAUUGUAAGAAAGUAUAUGACCAUUAAAAGCUAUAUGACCUUGUUGGACAUCCCAGUCAAAAACCAUGGGCAUUAAAAAUAUAGACUCCAAAAAUAUGGGGUUAUCACUGGGUGUGGCUCAAACACCUGUACUCAGUAAUUAACAUAUUUUGGCCACACAACGUAUUUGGCCCUGGUGGUCAGUGAAGGUUUGUCUUACAGUGCAUCUAAGAUCUAACUCAAUUGCAAAUCAGACCAAAAGAAAUCUAAAUGGGUGUUGGGAUUUUGAUCAUUGCCUUAUAGAUGCUACCAAGUCUUUGGAAGAUCUUUGCAAAAGAACUCUUUCAAGCAUGGCUUUCUGACUACAUUUUAUGUACUAUUUAUGACUACUGAUAUUUUUGUGCCUUAAUCUAACCUUAAGUUAUACCAAUAGAACAAAUACUGCACCACACACACAAACAAACAAAAUCUACAAUACAAAAUCUGUUUGCAAUAAAUUUUUAUUUUGACAUUA